AUCUGUCCCUUCUCUCCUCUCUCCCCCUCACACCAAACACAGAUCUAGCGGCCGGGGCACGUUUGAGUUCGUCCGUGCAGUCGAUCUACGGUAGCGGCUGGAGGUUGAGACAGCUGGUAGGGGGCCACCAGAUAGAGCGAUGUCGGCAGCAGUGCGAGCGAUGGCCGUGUCCUCCCAGGUUGCCACGUGGCGGCCGUCCUGCACCGGCAGCGGCCGCCACGUCUGCGGCGCUGCUGCUGUGACCGCAGGCGGACACGUGGCUUCCUCCGCCAUGGCCGCCAGUGGGCUCGAACCGUCGUCCGUGGCGGUCGUCUGCUCGACGUCGAUGGUCGGGGGCGGACGUCGCUCGGGCGAAGCUGCGCGAGACGUGCGACAGGCGAGAGGAGGGAACGAGUGCGGCUGCUCCUGCGCGCCUGCACCGCGCUUCGCCUCCUCGACCACGGCCCGCGCCGCGGUGCGCGGGCUCGAAACCAGCCUAGGACGCCACAGGUGCGCCGGUUUCGAUGUGCUGGAUCGCCAUAGGCGGCGCGCUUCUCCGUCUAAUCCGCGCAGGCGGACGUCGUUGGUAGUGUGCAUGGGAAUUCGAGCUGUCGAGAGCUUCGACGCUACAUUUGAGCUUAUCCCCGAGUCGAAGGAAAUCCUUUCCACGUUGCUUUCGUCGGACAUAUUCUGCAACCAGGAGUUUGAGAAGUAUCAUGAGGACAAGGAAAACUAUGUGAUCGUGAACGUCCCUCCCAACUACAUGUUCCAAGCAAAGAUAUUCAAGCCUUCUCGUUUGUGUGCAAUCUUCCAGAGGGUUGGUAGCAAGCUCAGAGAUGUAGCGGAACCCGCCACAGACGGGCAGCAGCAAGAACAAGCGUGAAACCCAAAUUAAAUUAAUCAAUUAAAAAAUAGUUAUGUUUUUUUUUAAUUCCUGCUUCGGUUCCUUGGUUGCAUACUUCAUUUUUUUUAACUUUUUUUUUUUUUUUUUUUUUUUUUUUGGGUACCUUGGUUUGCCGUCCAUUGUCCACUUGAUUCAUUUCGUUUUUGCUUCUCAUACUGCAAUUAUGGCCAACGCUGGAUGCAUCUGACUGCAAUCACGUCCAGAUCUCACUCGAAAAAUGUUCUAGUCUGGGUAUGCUCCCCGAAUCCAGACCCCUUAGUGGUACAGUUUUGCAGCUACAGCAGCAGCCACAGCAUCAGCCACUUCUUUUUUUUUUUUUCUUUUUUUUUUUGUUAGUUGCAAUGGGAGAAGCGUAAAUGUGUAUUAUAUUCCCAUUUGGAAAAAAAACAAACAAACCCAGUGUGUUAUAACUUGUAGGUUCCGUUGCAGAUCUC